AAAAACAACCCCCUGUUUUUCAAAUUUUUGGAAAACCGCUCUGCUCUCUCUGUCUCAGAUAAUUUGGGAUCUCUCUAGGGUUCCAAAUCCGACAUUUCUAUUCCUCUCUUUCUCUACGAAUUUCGAAAUUUCCCAACUCCACAACUCCACACUUUCUUAUUUCUCUACGAAUUUCGAAAUUCUCGACCAAUUUUGGACUUCAUGCAUACUCGGAUAUGUCUACAUAUUUUCUCGGGAGAGCGGUGUGUUGCAGUUUAUUGAUUUUGUAUUCUAACUUAAUACCAUUGUUUCUGGCACUGUUGGUAUUGAAUUCGCAGGGAAUUCUUGAUUACUCUCGGUCCGAAUUGUUAUGAGACUAUUCUUAGGUGGUUAACUUCGCUUAAUUGAAGACUAGGCAUGGUGGUGGUGGAUGCUCUUAAAGAAAGUAGUGACAACGGUAGUCGAAAUUGUUUUGAGAGCUUAGUAGGAUCCUCUGAUGUUGAGGAGGUGAAGGUUAAUGGCGUUGCCGUCGAUUCUGAAGCUGGUCCUUCUGGAUUGGGAGGCGAUAGUUUGCUUACUUACAAGAGGCGAAAGUGUACCAAGGUUAUGGAGUGUGGGAAGGUUUCUGAUGAUUCAGUGAGUCAGUUGACUGAUAAGUCAAUGAAGUGCUUACUUGACCUAGCUAAAUGUCCUCAGAAAGGUGCAGAUUGUUCCAAUGAUUGCUCACUCAAGCACAAAAGAAACAUUAUUCUGGAUCAAAUCUGUCAGUUGCUCAAUAGUGGUGGAUUGAAGAAAUGCAUUAAAAAUGCACUUGUUUUUCCAGAAGGAAGUGGUACUGGAACUCCUGCGAAGGAUUCUGUUUGUUCUAAUGAAGAUUGGGGCAAAAGCACAUCUCUAACUGGGACUGUGCUUGAUUGUCUCCAGAAUGCAACUAAGUCCAAUUUUGGUUUGACAUCUAGAGGAUUAGUCAAUGGAACUAAUACUACAACAUUCACAGAGCGCUGUACUUCCACCUUUGUGGAUGUUUUUAUGUCAGAACAGUUUGCACAGCUAUGCAGUUUACUCCUUGAAAAUUUCGAAGGUGUAAAGGCUGACAAUUUUUUUGAUUUGAAUCGCAUAAACACAAGGAUGAAGGAGAAAGCAUAUGAAAAGUCACCACUGCUAUUUCAGUCUGAUGUUCAAGAGAUUUGGGCGAAGCUCCAAAAGAUUGGCUCUGAUAUAACUGCUCUUGCAAAGUGCCUAUCAGACAAAACUAUCACUUCUUUCCACGGACAGUUCCUUGUGCACACUAAACCGGAGCUGACAGAGACAUGUGCUCUUGAUGAAGCCCAUACCUGUAGGCGUUGCAAGGAAAAGGCAGCUGGAAGAACUGGUUUAGCCUGCGAUUCAUGUGAGGAGAUGUAUCAUAUCUCCUGUAUUGAGCCUGCCAUUACAGAAAUCCCUAGUAGAAGUUGGCAUUGUGCCAACUGUAUAGCAAAGGGAAUUGAAUCCUCACAUGAGAACUGCAUAGCUUGUGAGAGGCUAAAUGCCUUUUUGUCACCAUGUGAUGGCAGUGGUGGAGAAGAUGGGCUUGGGAAUGACGUAACAACAGAAGAAUUAGAGGGGAGUUCAAAUGAGUUUAUUGCCAAUGAAGAGUUUCAGCACUGCACAGUAUGUAGAACUGAAGUUGGCGGUGAUGAAGAAUAUAGAAUUUGUGGGCACAACUUUUGUCCUCACAAGUUUUACCAUGAGAAAUGCUUAACAACUAAGCAGCUUAUCUCGCAUGGCCCAUGUUGGUAUUGUCCUUCCUGUCUGUGCAGAACUUGCUUGACUGAUAAAGACGAUGAUAAGAUUGUUCUAUGCGAUGGCUGUGAUCAUGGGUACCACAUCUAUUGCAUGCAGCCACCGCGCUCUACCAUACCUAAUGGGAAAUGGUUCUGCCGAAAAUGCGAUAGUGGAAUUCAGCGUAUCCAGAGAGCCCGGAGGACAUAUGAGCAUAUGCAAAACACAUCCAAAAAGAGAGCCUUGAAUGGAAAACUGAAGUGCAGCGGGGCUUUGAACAAAUCAGGUGGGGUUGAUAUGCUUCUCAAUGCAGCCAAAACUCUGAAUUACGAAGAGAAUAUGGCUGCAAUGGAGUCAGAAAGCUAAUUGAGCUGACAAAAACGCUCUUUUUAGGAGGAAAAAACAAGGAAGUUUAUGCUUGUACAUUACUGCAUCAUUCGAACAACUGACAUUUUUGCAACAGGCUAACGUUUGACUUCAAUCAUCCCUUUUGUAGUCAAUGGGAUUCUGCAUUUGCUCCUCAAGGUAAAUUCUCUUGUGAAACUGUAGACUGACGGUUGCACUGGAAUCUAUUUAGGUGUUGUAGUUUGUAGUAAAUAUUCUUGUACAAGAUCAUGAUACUGAGUGUUCUGUGGUAAAUCGAUUGGAAAGAGUUGUUUCUGCCCCUGAUUUAAAGUUGAGAUAGGCUUAACUGGAUAUCCCUUGUAUUGAAUGAGAUAGGUUUAACUGAAUAUCCUAAUGUUAUACUCCACUUCUCUAUUUUA